CGGCUCAGGCGUCACUCCCUUGGACUAACCUCCCUUAUCCCACUGUCCAUUUGUCCCAGUCUAUAGUUACACGGACAUUAUCUCAAGGCAGACACCUAGUCCAGACCAGAUCAGAACGGAACCGAAAUACUACCUGGAGUGUAGGGGAUUGAUUGCAGCUAGGACGGCCCCGGCCCCGCAGAGGCCCCUGGGAAGUGUAGUCCAGCACCCAAAGCCGCUGGGGCAAGGUCGUGUCUGCGCAGGCGCACACCGCUACAGCCUGCACCGCGGCAGCUGCCCCCGGUCCCGGUGGGCCGUGGAGUCUUGGAAGCUGAAGUGCCGCAGCCCACAGACUUGUGGGAUUUCGGGCUCGCCUGAUCCCUGGGCAACGCGCAAGCGCAGUUAUGAUGCGGGCUGCAUACUUGGGCUCAUUGUGCUCCGUGACUGCGAUGUGCUGGUUGCGACCCCUCGCCGCAGGCAUAGGCCCCGCGAAGGGCCGCUCGCUGCUGACCCGGCCCGAGGGCCGGAGCCGCGCAGGCGGGGAGUGGGAGCGGCCUGGGGUGGGGUGGGCCAGCCUAUGCAGAAGAGGGGGCGGGGGAGCCGAAGAGGUCCGCGUGGCGAAGCUGUGUAGAACUUACCAGCCGGCUCUGCACCCCACUCGCCCGCACUUGGCCUGUCCCUCAGCUGGGUUCUCUAGAAGCAAUGGCUGUCAACCACCUGCCCACCGCAGUCCAGGACUUGGUGACCUUCAAGGAUGUGGCUGUGCUCUUCACUCAGGAAGAGUGGAGGUGUCUGACCCCUGCCCAGAGGACCCUGUACCAGGACGUGAUGCGGGAGAACUACAGCCACCUGGUCUGUCUGGGACUCUUAGGACCCAAGUCAGACAUAUUUUCUCAGCUGGGAAAAGGGGAGGAAUGGGUCCCAGUGGAUGCCUCGGGAGACUUCUGUUUUGACUGGACAGCGUUGCCCAUGAAUAAGAAAUUUACUUUCAGGGCAGACAUUCCUGAAGAAUCAGAUCAAUGGGAAGCAAAGGAAAGAGUCCUAGGAGACGGUCGCUGGGACUGUUCCAGUGUAUUAGAAUGGCAGUGCCAGGAAGACCAAGUGGUGCUCAACUGGCAAAACCUACCCUCUGGGGUUAGUGAGCAGGAACCAGCAGGACCUGGCAAACACUGCACUCUGAGCUCAUCUGAUGAGAGCCGAGAAUGUCGACCUCGAGUAAAAGCCUUUGAGUGCGGGGAGUGUGGUAAAAGUUUCUCCAAGAGCUCAACCCUCAAAAAACAUCAGAAAAUCCACAGUGACAAACUCAUGACAAACCCAAAAACUCACCUUAAAGAAAAGCGCUAUGAAUGCAGGGAAUGUGGGAAAGCAUUUCACCAAAGCACACACUUGAUCCACCACCAAAGAAUCCACACAGGUGAGAAGCCGUAUGAAUGCAAGGAGUGUGGCAAGGCCUUUUCGGUGAGCUCCUCACUGACAUACCAUCAGAAAAUCCACACUGGGGAGAAGCCUUUUGAGUGCAACUUGUGCGGCAAAGCUUUUAUUCGAAACAUACACCUUUCCCACCAUCACAGGAUACACACCGGAGAGAAGCCUUUCAAAUGUGAUGUCUGUGAGAAAGCUUUUGUAUGCAGAGCCCAUCUCACCAAACACCAGAACAUCCAUAGUGGGGAGAAGCCAUACAAAUGUCACGAGUGUGGGAAAGCCUUCAACCAGAGCACAAGUUUUCUUCAGCACCAGAGAAUCCACACUGGAGAGAAACCUUUUGAAUGCAAUGAGUGUGGGAAAGCCUUCAGGGUGAACUCUUCCCUCACGGAACAUCAGAGAAUCCAUACUGGAGAGAAACCUUACAAAUGUAGCGAAUGCGGGAAAGCUUUCCGGGAUAAUUCAUCCUUUGCCCGACAUCGGAAAAUUCACACUGGAGAGAAACCUUACAGAUGUGGCUUGUGUGAGAAAGCCUUCAGAGACCAAUCAGCCCUAGCCCAACAUCAGAGAAUUCACACUGGGGAAAAGCCUUAUGCCUGUAACAUAUGUGAAAAAGCCUUUAGUGACCAUUCGGCCCUCACCCAACAUAAAAGAAUCCAUACAAGAGAAAAACCUUACAAAUGUAAACUCUGUGGGAAAGCCUUCAUUCGGAGCACGCACCUCACGCAGCAUCAGAGGAUUCACACAGGAGAGAAGCCCUACAAGUGUAAUAAAUGUGGCAAAGCUUUCAACCAGACUGCAAACCUCAUCCAACAUCAGAGACAUCAUAUUGGAGAGAAGUGACGUGAACCCUGUGUAUGAGCAAGAACUUUGAGACUGCAGAGAUUCAAAUGAUGAAUAUAUGGGGCCUGCAUAUGGGCAUAGCAGGCUAAUCCUCUGCCUGUGGUUCAAGCAUCCCAUAUUGGCACCUGUUUGUGUCCUGGAUGCUUUGCUUCCCAUCUAGUUUCCCUGCUAAUAGCCUGGGAAAGCAGCAGAGGAUGACCCAACUCCUUGGGCCCCUACACCCACAUAGUAGACCCAGAAGAAGCUGCUGGCUCUUGGCUUUGGGCUGGUCUGACUCCAGCCUUUGAAGCCAUUUGGAGAGUGAACCAGCAGAUGGAAAAUCUCUCUCUCACUGUCCUUCUCU